AUGCAAUCUUUUUUUAAGAAUACAUGGAAUUCUAUUAAUCCCCUAAUUUCUUCACUCCUGAAUAACGAUUUGGUCGUGUUAAAAAACGAACAAUAUAAAGUGCUCCAACUACUCGGUGAAGGAGGUUAUGCAUUCGUGUAUCUUAUUGAACAUGCGGAGAACGGCCAGAAAUUUGCUCUAAAAAAGAUUAAAUGCCAUUCAGGUCGAGAAGGCACUCAAAAAGCAUUAACUGAAGCAAAAUUUCAUGAGAAGUUUAAUAAUCCUUACUUACUUAAAAGCUUGGAAGUUCAGUUGCAAAAGGAAAGUGAUGGUGUUCAAUAUGUCUAUAUUAUGUUUCCCUUUUAUCAAAAGGGCACUGUUGCACAAAUUGUUCAGAAUCAGCACGCAAAAGGCUCUUUUGUUUCAAAACGUUAUAUCUUGAGCUGGUCCAUUUGUCUUUUACAGGCUUUAAAAUAUCUUCAUAAUGGGACCGACGAAUCUGAAUCUGAAAAUACUGUCGACACUACAAACUUAAUUGAUUUAGGGAUGGAAAGCAAACCAGCGAGAAAACCAAGUUCCAAUUGUUAUCUGCACGGAGAUGUGAAACCUGAGAAUUUACUGUUGAGCAACGAUAUGAGGAAUGCUGUUCUUACAGAUUUUGGGAGUAUAUAUAAGAUUCCUUCUUCUAUUUCUGAUAACUCGCAAGCAAUAGCUUUUCAAGAUAUGGCCUCAGAAAACUGUACAAUGUCUUAUCGAGCUCCCGAGCUUUUCCAUGUAAGACCUGGUACCACAAUUACAGAAAAAGCAGAUAUAUGGAGUUUUGGCUGCUUUUUGUUUGCAGUUAUGUUUGGAUACACUCCUUUUGAAAAGCAAGUCAGUCAAGGAGGUUCAUUGGCUUUGGCUGUUUGUAGCGCACAAUACUCUUUUCCGUCAAGGCAUCCUUACUGCUCAAAUAUGGUCAAUUUAAUCCGUGCAUGUUUACAGCUAAAUCCAGAGCAACGACCUUCCGCUGAGGACUUAAUCCGUCAUAUUACAGGAAUUAUGAACGACUGAUAUUAUGGACUUAAUAUGGAUAGACUUACUAAUGUAUUUACUCUUUUUUAACUUUUUUGUUUUGAUAUUGUACUAUUCAUGGUAGCUUCAAGCUAUUAGCAACAAUUAAUCUAAUUCAUGAUCCAUGCAAAUUCACC